AUGAUACUUUCGAAACGUUUUAUGGACAUUAUUUGGUUGCUUCCGGCAAUAACAUACUCUGCUUUGGUAAACUUUGUUAUACCAGGGUUGGGUGAUUUUUUAUUUUUAAGAAUUUCAACCGAGAUAAUUUAUGGACGGGUCCAUAAAUUAAAAGAAUUUAAACCUCUAAUACUGUUCGCCUUUUCAAUAAUAAUCAAUUUAAGCUUUCCAUUGCCGGAAAAAUCUGAUCAAAUAGUUCGUCAUAAUUUCAAUUUAUUAUUAUCUGAACUCGGACUUGAUUCCUCAAAAAUUACUUCAGAACGACAGCAAACUUCGGUUGAUCGAAUGAAAGAAGAAAAUCGUCAAUUACUAGCAAAUUUGGAAAAUGUAUUUAAGUCCGGUCCAUCAAAAAAAAUAUCAACAAUGCCUAUAUCAUAUAAUACACUUCAUAUAAAUCAUACGAAUCAUACAACAGGAAACAUAAGUAGCACCGAUAACGAUGAUAACGAUGACGAUAUAUUAACAAAUUCUAGAAAACGAACUUCUCGUAAAUCUCGACUUAAUAGUAAUAGAUGUAUUAAUCAUACAAGACAACGUAGUUCUGGAUAUUCUUCAAGUAGCAUUGCUGCUACAACAAAACAUUCUUAUUUAUUCUCUUCCACAUCUGCUAUGAAUAAUGGUGAUACCGAUAUUACGGGCUUUAGUUCUGGUGAUGAAGAUGAUCAACUUGUGGUUGAUGAAAAAGCUGAAGCUGGAAAUAAAGUUUAUUGGAUGCAUAAAAUCAUUGAAACUGUCGAAGAAUAUGACCCACGUCUGACAUAUACUUUAGAACGUAUUGGUUCUGGCGGAAAUGGUAAAUUAUAUAAAGCAACAGAUCACCUUACCAAUCGAAUCAUAGCAGUAAAAUCAAUCAAUCUUAUUGAUUCAAAACUACUUAAUGUUACUUAUGCUGAAGUCAUUUCCUGUCGAAUACUUAAACAUCCAAACAUUGUUACCAAUUACAAACAAUCUAUUAUGGAUAACUUUGAUCAAGUUCCCACUAACCCAUUUUUUGAUUCAUCCGCAUAUAAACACUCUUUAUUUACCGAAAAUUAUUACCCACUAGAUGAUAGUUGUCAUAAAGAAUUUAGUAAUCCUACUUUAUGUUUAUUUAUGGAAUACUGCGAAGCCGGAUCUUUGUGGGAGGUUCGAAAUAAAAGACCCCAAAAACGAUUUAAUGAGGUUGAGGUUGCAUUUGUAUUGCGUGAGGUGUUGAAAGGACUGGAAUUUAUGCAUGGUUUAGGAAUUAUACAUCGUGAUAUUAAAGCUCAAAAUAUUCUUGUAAGUAAUGAUGGUGGCGUUAAAAUAGCUGAUUUUGGUUCCGCUUCUUUACGGUGUCGCGCAAAUCUAAAACUUGGUACUUUAUAUUGGAUGGCUCCCGAAGUAUUAAAGGCCCAGAGUUACGAUUGUAAAGUGGAUAUUUGGUCUCUGGGUAUAUUAGCCAUAGAGUUAUUCGAAGGAAAACCUCCAUGGUAUCCAAUGGGACAACGAAGGGUUGUGGAACUUAUAAGAACGGUAGGAACGCCACCAUUACCAUCAGGAAUAUCUCCUGAUUUUGAAUCAAUUUUAAGAGAUUGCUUAAUAGUUGAAGCUGAAUGUCGACCUAGUGCAUGUGAACUUUUGAAGCAUUCGUUUAUAAAAUGUUGUGAGCAGAUUAAUAAGCUGUCUGUUGAAAACUGCGAAAAUUGCUGA